UUUCAAACGAAAUGUUGGAUUGAUAAAAGAAAGUAAACAAUUUUGUGACUCCUUAAGAUGAAAACAAAACGACUGUCUUAACUUUCAGGACAUAGCAAACACCCAAAAAGCAAUUUUCAUCAAUUCGUGUGAUUUCUUUAAAAUAAAAUUCGUCCAAUUCCUAGGAUGUUUAUCCUUCCCUGUCUCAAAGCCCCAAAGGCAGUAGUAAUCUUGUUCACCCUAUCACUGUCAGUGAGAAUCCAAUCCUAGAUUUGGAAUCAAUCUACUUUUAGCAAACUAAUGCAGAACGGAAGACGUGUUUCUGUAAGUCUGUCCGAACAUAAUACUGGUACCAUAGAAACGGAUGUAUUGUUCCACCCCCGACCAUAAACUAUAGGCAGUAUAUAUAUGAGCGGUUGGUUUUCAGUUCCAGCAUUCGAAGCAAGCCAACUGCAAGCUUCAAUCGAGUCCAGAGAAAAAUGGGCAAGACGACGUUUCUUCAUCUCUGUUUAUUCCUAUGUAUUGUCAUCGCAUGUCAUGGUUAUCCUGAUCUUCCUUAUUUUUAUGAAAUACGAUCUUGUCCUGAUAAUGUAGAAGAGAGAGAAUCAGUACCCUUCUAUGAAUUCGACAAGCCUCAACAACCCUUCGAUAAACGAUCCGGUUUCGCUUAUUAUCCUGAUUUUUCCAGUUCAAUGUCCUCAGAAGAUUGGAAAGAAUUCUCAUUAAAGAAAGAGGGCGCAUCUCAAACUCCAUUUGAAUCUAAUGCGAGCCGUAAGAAGAGGUCAGUAGAUGAAGAAGAAAAUCUGAUUGAAAAUUCUGUUGAUCAUCAGGAAAAUGAUAUGGCAAUUCUACCUUCAAUGUCACGGGAAGGUCGAAACAACAUUAAAACAAUCCAUUUGCCAUCUUCAUUCACGCCGAGACUUGGAAAGAAACGAUCCAGUGAAAAAUCCCGGGAUAAUGAUUUUCCAAUGAGUGGUAAAGCUCAUGUCAUUAACUUAAAUGCUGGUUCUGCUUUUACUCCAAGAUUAGGCAGAUCUGAAGGUUCCACUAGGAUCCAGUGGAAUGCAGGAAGCGCAUUUACCCCAAGACUCGGAAGAUCUGAAAGCGUUAAUCGAAUUCGUCUUAAUGCUGGAAAUGGCUUUACCCCCCGAUUAGGAAGAUCAGAGAGUCCAAACAGAAUACAAGUCAAUGCUGGAAGUGCUUUUACUCCUCGUUUAGGACGAUCUGAAAAUCCCAAUCGAAUCGUUCUGAAUGCUGGAAGCUCUUUCACACCCAGAUUUGGUUAAGUCCUGUGAUCUGAAGAACAGUAUUAUUUCUUUUUUUACAUCUUGCUCUGCACAAAUGAUCAAUGUUUAUGCAAAUUUCAUACCCUUAAAUGUUCUUUUACCUAAAGUCCAAUAAAGGACAAUACAUGACUGA